GUGAAGAUGGGGGAGGCCUGGGUGGCAGGGAUUCAAAAUGCGUCAAGGAAUGGGUGGAUAGAGGAUCCUGUGCCAUUGUCAGGGUCAUCUGGGAAAGGCUGCUCAUCAGCUCCGACGUGGAAUCCGAGGAAUCAAAUCGGGAGUGGGACGGGAUCCGCAAAUAUUGCUUUCGCUGAUAUAGAUGGUGAUGGGAAGGACGACUACCUGAUCUUCGGCGACGGGGGGUCCGUGACAGCGUAUAUAAACGGCGGGCCAGACGUCGGAGGGAAUCAAAUAUGGUACCCACAAGACCAAAUCGCGAGUGGAAUUGCGCCGAGUGCGUCUCAGGUACGGUUCGGUGAUAUUUGGGGUAGUUCGCGGGCAGAUUACCUUGUUGUUAAUGACGACGGUUCGGUUGAUUGCUGGACGAAUGCCGGGUCGAAUGAUACUGCGUACCCAGGACGAGUUACGUGGAUUCAACAAGGGCAAAUAGCUGCGUCAGGAAUGGGGCAGGAUGGGAAUGGAGUCGUGUUCGCUGAUCUCAAUGGCGACGGUCGUGAUGAUUAUCUGUGGGUGUCCGAGACAGGUGCAGUGACUGCGUAUCUGAACGGAGCUGGGGAGACAGGGAAGUCAAGUUGGAUUCCGCAAGGCACUGUUGCAACUGGGGUCGGUGCAAAUAGAUCCGAGGUCGUCUUUGCUGAUCUGAAUGGCGACGGCCGGGCUGAAUAUCUAUGGAUCGAUACUGAUACUGGCUCGGUGAAAGCCUGGCUGAAUACGGCAAGUUCAGGUGGAAAUAUCACAUGGAUUGAAUGGGGUGAGGUGGCUUCCGGAGUGGGCGUUGGUGGUAACGAUAUUCGCUUUGCAGACAUCACCGGCAGCAAAAGAGAUGAUUAUAUUGCGAUAGAGAAUUCCAAUGGAGCGAUAGACUUGUGGGAGAACCUUUGUCCGGUUGCAUCAGAAGGAUGAUCAAAAAUAAAAUUUAAAUGGAAGGGGCUUAUAUAUUCGUCCAGCAAUUGAUUUUGCACUGAUGAUGCGACCUGUAUGGAAUUGUCAGAUAUAG